AUGGAAGACUAUCUACGGGCCAUUGAGCGACGCCGGAAUUUAUUCCGGCCGUCACAAGAGGCACUGACCACGCAGCAAGGAUAUUCGAUCAAUCCAGUAGGUGCCGCUCCGCAUGGAGCUCAAAUUCAUACGAUGGAUCUGAGUCAUGAUUCAUCUAUUCUUCUCACCGGUGGCAGUGAUGGCUAUGUGCGGUGGUAUGACUUGUUCGCUAGCAUGAAUGGCAAGAACAUGCUUACUCAAAAUCUUCGCAAUACAUUCGUGGAAGGUGUAUCUAAAGGCGGCGUGCUUACCACUUGGUGGGGCCAUACGUAUUCCAAAACAGCGGCGGAAAAUCCUGCUACUCGCGAGACAUUCAACAACCCAGUGCACAGUCUUGUUAGUCAGAAAGACUCGCUUUGGGGUAUGAGUGGAUGUGAGGCUGGCACAAUCAAUCUGUGGGGCCUGCGGCACGCAGCAGGAACAACAAGACAUGUUUUUCGGAAACACACUGGGCCUGUGUCGUCUCUAGCGCUUGAUCCAGCCGAGCAGAAUCUGGUUAGCGGAGGCUGGGACCGGGGCGUUUUCCAAUGGGACCUGAAUACGGGCCAGGUGGUACGCUCGUUUGAUGGACAUUCGGGUCAAAUAUCGAGCAUUGUAUUCCGACCGAUGUGUCUACCGUCUGGGGUAUCGAACUCAGCCACAGGAUCGAAGACCCCUCCCUCUGACUCGAUGGAUGCGGAUCCUGUGCUCACAUCUUUACUAGUGCACGACUUGGAGAAUGACCUAGCGCAGGAGCUCGAAGAGUCUGCGUCUGAUGCCAAGGAUGAUUCGGAGGCGAAGCCGGCAGAUGAUGAUUCACCGAUGGACUAUGAGGUCGAUGCAGAGGGCGAAGACGAUGCAGAUGGGGAUGGAGAAGUGGAUGAAGACGGUGAUUCUCUUUUCGGAGACCAAGACGACUCGAUCCGCGACCCAGGCAGUGGUGGCCGAGACUCGGUCGAAAUGGACGCCAACGACGACCGAAAAGGACCUGCUGCAACCGCUCUCGGAGAUCAAGCCAAUAAAACGAGCGUGAAUGGUGCGGGCUUGUUGAGGAGGGGAGAUACGGGGGGCGCUGCUAUCGCCCUGCCAGGCCGCAAGACUGACGCGCCUCUAGAUACCAAGGAGCCACCUGCUCUAAGUGCACCUCCGAAAGAAGACAAGAAGCUCCCCAAACCGCUGUUUGGCUCCAUGACAAGUGCAUGGCAAUACGAUGCGGAUAUUUCGCAAUUCAGCAGUGAUAUUUUCCUAACCAGUACACUUUCAGGACAGGUCAUGCUAUGGGAUCGCCGUGUGGAUUCCAAAUCCAAGCAGGGCGUUCGGGCACUGGAGCUACCGUCGGGUACACCCCCAUGGUGCAUGAGUGUCUGCUGGAAUCAUACCGGCGACAAGAUCUAUGUUGGUCGACGGAACGAGACCGUGGAAGAAUGGGAUGUACGCAUGCUACCAGACGCGACACGAUCGGACUCGGUUGGGCGCUCGCAUCUCGGACGAGCGCCCAAGCAUGUGCGCACCUUGCGGAUGCCCCGCGGGAGUGGGCCUCUCCGUUCUUGUUAUGCCCAACAACCGACAUUUAGUAUGGUGCGUAUAUGUGCGGCUAAGAUUAGCGGCUCUUUCGAUAAUGUGCGCCUGUGGGAUAUCGAAGCCACAGAGAGUGCGGGUGUUCCCUUCAAAAUUGUGGCAGGGCACCAUGGUGGCACUAUUUCGAAGAUGGGUAUGUAUUCAUGCAUUAACCAUAGUGGUGGAUCCCUGUUCUCGAUUUCUGCUGACUAG